AUGUCAUCAACGAGAUGUCGACCUACUUUAGCUGAACUUCCUCUGAGUCCAAGUGACCCUCCAUACUCGGCAUGGGGCCUCUGGGGAGCCGACGAUGAAGUCGGAACACUGAAUCUACUCGAUGAAUCUACUGUGACUAAAGCAGCCAGUGAAAUCCAACUUGGCCGCCGUUUCAGCCUGAACUGGUCUCUAGCUUCUCCUCGGACGCCCCUGUUCGGAAGACAUACAUGUGAAUUCAGCCAUAAAGUAUACCAGCAUUCUACUGAGCUCAUUGCAAUAGAUGACGAGUUGCAUUUUAACACACAGAAAAGUAGCCAGGUCGAUGGGCUACGCCACUUUGCUUAUCAGAAGUCUGGCUUAUUCUAUAACGGGAAAUCCAAAGAGGACAUCCUAAAAGCGGGUUCCGUGACAUUAGGAAUUCACCAGUGGCAUGACAAUGGAUUGUUCGCUGGUCGAGGCAUCCUGAUCGACUACUGGGCAUAUGUAAAGCGACAUGGUAAGGCAUAUGAUGCGACCGGUGGUGCUUCCAUUACGUACGAAGAGCUGAUGGCCUGUCUUGCCGAGCAAUCUCAACUCUCAAGCCAGACUAUCGAACUACGAAAGGGUGACAUAUUGCUGGUUCGCUCCGGGUUCACAGACAAAUACGUUGAGCUAUCAGAGCACCAGGAGCGACAAUCAGCACACAUGACACCCCCCAAGACAUGUGGGAUGGCCCAAGACGAGAGGCUGCUGCAAUUCCUUUGGGAGAAACAGGUGGCCAUGGUAGGAGGUGAUGCGCCAGCGUGGGAGUGCUUGCCUCCUGCCCCAUCGUCUAGCUUCCUCUACCAUGAAGUCUUGAUAGCUGGCUGGGGAUGUCCUAUUGGAGAAUUACUCUGGUUGGAGGAUCUUGCUCAAGCCUGUGGUGAGCAUAAGAAAUGGACAUUCUUUCUCACAUCGGCCCCACUCAAUGUUCCUGGCGGAGUCGGCAGCCCUGCCAACAUGAUUGCCAUUCUUUGA